AUGGCUAUCGCAGUAUUUCCUAGCCAACUUUCACCGUGCGGCAAGCGUGUCGCAUUCUGUGCAACCAGCAUUAUAGAAAGUGUGUGUGUGUGUGUGUGUGUGUGAGAGAUGGCGUUUAGUAUUUAACAUGACUAUUAUGAACGGCUGGAGCCACAUUGAGAGGAAGAGAGAAAGAAAGUGAAGAGAUCCAACUCCACAUGACCAGAAAUGUAACAGUCAAGUCAGAGAGAACGACAUAAAAAAGUGUUUCACAGUUUUCUUAUGUCAUUACGCGAAAGUGUCGAUACCCUGUGAAGAAAUUAGAUCCCAGGUAUGGGGAAGACCACGAGGGUAGUCGUUUGCGGGAUGAAAGGAGUCGGGAAGACCUCCUUGUUGGAGCAACUUAUAUACGGGAACAUUGAUGCCAAAACUGAAAUUCAUCCAACGAUAGAGGACAUUUAUGUCGCUAACAUUGAGACUGAUCGUGGAACAAGGGAAAAAGUCAGGUUUUAUGACACAGCUGGACUGGAAUCUCUACAGAGUAAUGCAAAUAAUCAGCAACUUCCACGACACUAUUUGGGUUUCGCAGAUGGCUAUGUUUUAGUAUAUGACACUAGCAAACCCGAAUCUCUAGAUGUACUUUUUCCAUUGAAGAAGGAUAUCGAUAAGAAUAAGGAUAAGAAAGAAAUAACUGUGAUAGUUGUUGGUAAUCGGACAAAAACCGAUGCUGCAUUGAAUAAUUUGGAGAAUACAGCGAGCAAAGCUACCAACUGGUGUACCAGAGAAAAAGUUAAACAUUACGAAGUAAAUGUUAUGGAUAGAACUAGUUUGUACGAGGCGUUUAUGCAUUUGUCGUCUAAGCUAAAUCCACCAACCAAUAAAAGUACAUUUCCGCAAUUGAGCAUGGGCAGGAAAACUGUCAAGGCAGAAGCACAAUGAUGACUGUUCCCAAAGAUUCGGCGGAAUCAUGUGAAAGCUGCGGUAGUCAUAACAUAAAGUUGUUUAUAUAUAAAUCUUGUACUCAGGUAUAAUUUAUUUAAUAAUCGGUCGAAUGCACGGGUUUGUGCAUCAACGGAGACAUGCUACAAGAUCUCAACAGCUAUGUAUAUGCGGGCAGUAUGUACUUCUUUAUUUAUUCUGAAUAUAUGUGUGAUACUAGGCCUGAUACAAAAUAAAUUAUAGCGCUAGGUAUUGUGUACUUAAGAUAUCACAAACUUUUUAAUUUAGCAUUAUUGAAUCGUAGACGAAGUUCAAAUGUAAGUAUUUCAAUAUUUUACAGUGAGAUUACAGUGUUAUAUCGUCGCUUGAAGGCCUCAUUUUGUAGUGAUAUCGAAUUUUGAUCAUUAAUUAAUUAAUAUAAAACUGUCAAAUCUUCCUAAAGCAUUGUCUGUACUUAUAUUGCCUUGUAGAAAACUGAGGAGUUUGGAUUAAAUUUGCGUGCAGAAUUGUAUGUGUAAUUAUUACAAGGAGAACGUUGCUUAUUGCUACAAUAUGCAUAGUACUUGGUAUAAUUAUAAUUGUGACUAUAUAACUGACUAUAUAAAUGACGAAUAAUUUAUCUUGCAGAAAUAUAGAAUAAAUAUUAAUAAAUA